UGAAGAGAGGCUGCUGAAAACUGAUAUUCAGAUACAUCAAAAUAAAGCUUAAUUUCUAAUUCUGCUAUUGGUUUAAUUUCAAAAUUUGAUUGUUUAAAAACAUGUUCUGUUCACAAGACGGAAUUUCCUAAAAGUUAAAAUAAUUCUUACUUAAUUUUGGCAACAUUGGCACUCGAUGUUUUUAUAAAUAAAAUAUCGGCUGCAUUUUUAUUUAUAUGAUCCAUGAAAAGCAAUCAAUUUUGUAAAUAACCCAAGAUUUUAUAUGAGCUCUUUUGAAAUUUUCGAACGAUCGUCUAUGGUAGAGUGUGAUGAGAUUGAACCAAAGUUAUAUCUCGGUAAUUUAGAUGCGGCUGAAAGUGGAGAAACAUUGAAAUGUUUCGGAAUCACUCAUGUACUGACUAUUUACAUGUUUCCAAUCACAGUUCCUGAUGGUGUAGACAUUGAAACUUUAUUUAUAGACAUAGAAGACUCUGCCGAUUGUGAUAUACUAUCCUCUUUUGAGAAAUCAAAUGCUUUUAUCAAAGAAGGACAGGAAAAAGGAGCAUGUCUUGUUCAUUGCUAUGGAGGUGUAUCUCGUAGUGCCACAUUAGUUGUUGCUUACUUAAUGAAAAAGUAUCAGAUAGGAGUUGAAGAAGCUCUUAGAAAUGUUAAAGACAAGAGGUAUUGUGCAUGUCCCAAUGCUGGAUUCUUGUCUCAACUUCGACUAUAUGAGUCUAUGAAAUAUACUCUGGAUGAAGGAAAUAUUGAUUACAAAAUAUUCUGCCUCUAUCACUUAGGAAGACAAGUUUCAUCUGGUAACAAUUUCAAUGCCAUACAAAACUAUCUAAGGAAGUUUCAAGGAAAGACAUUUGAUGGAGAUAAAUUUAAAUGCAGAAAAUGCAGAAAAUGUCUCUUUACACAGAAGAAUGUCGUACCUCACAUUCAAGGACAAGAUCUGUAUUGGAACAAUUUUGCACAACAAGUCACUUCAGAACAAUCAAAAACACUGUGCAAGAAUUCAUUAUUCAUUGAGUUUUUACCCUGGAUCUCAGAAUCUCACACAUCCCUCACUGGAAAUAUUCAUUGUCCGGAAUGCAGUACUGAAAUCGGAAGCUUCUGUUGGAAAGGUCAAUUAUGUUUUUGUGGUGCCACUAUCUCUCCAAGCUUCAAAAUGAAUGAAAGCAAACUAGACAGAGAAUUUUCCCAUGUUCCAAAUGUCAUCAAUGAUCUCAUAACACAUCAUGUUACUUAAAUGUUGUUUUAUGUUUUUAAUUUAUAAGUGUUUUUGUGCCUGCCUAUUAAAGUUUUUAACUAAGUUUUAA